CCCGAUCGCCCACCAUCUCCUACUGUAGAGUCCCACUCGCUCCACUCCAGGUGUCACGAGGCUUAGCUCCUCCUGCAUAACGCCUCCGCUCCCGCCCUCUGCCUUAUCCUCCACCCGCCGCUCCUCCCACGGUCUAGCGGGCGUGGAGAUCCUCCCGGGCGAGGACCCAUUCAUUCCUGAGCUGUAUUGGUAGUAGAACUUCACAUGCAAGAAUGAAGAAUCCUUGAUUGCCAAGAUUGAAUUGCAAGAAAGCAUGACAAACUAUGAAUGUCUUUGGCCACUUUAAUGUAUGGAGCGUAUUGAUAGACAAAAAAUUUAGGUAAGAGCAACCUUUAGCAUGAUGGCAUAAAUACAAGAUGGCUUUGAUGGUACACUUUGGGCUGAAAAGGAAACAAAUAUUAGCACCAGUGCAAUUAGAUUGUCUACCACAGUUUCGUUGGAAGGACCAAAACUAAAGCAUUCACCUUUGAGCAGUAUGGCAUUGCCUUCAUCAAGCGUCAGAGCUGCAUCCUCCACGGUUUACCAUGUCUCUCUUAGCAGCCUCCACCACCACCCCAACAGCCACCAUGCAUGUUUUCCUCCCUCAAAAACAAACCAUGACAAUACCCAUAAAUACAUCAAGCCACACAAAAUUUCUAGAAGGUCUCUCUUCUUCCUACCUUCCUCCUUUCUUCUCCUCCACACUUCCUCCUCCUUUGCCAUAGACGACGCAAACACCCCAUCCACCUCAACAAUUGACACCACAAUCACAGAUCGCAUCUUUAUGGACUUCAGUGUCUGUCCGAGCUACUUUCGCUCUGACCGCCCUUUAGGAGCUGAGCUUUCUUCAUGCCCUGAUUCUGAGCCUCUUGGUCGUGUAGUCUUUGGUCUCUAUGGUCGUCUUCUCCCUGUUACUACUGCCAAUUUCAAAGCUACUUGCACUUCAGCUGCAUACCGGGGCACACUUAUCCACAAGCUCCUCCAGGGACAGUUCUUUGCUGCUGGCCGCCAAGGUUCACGGCGUGAUAAGGGUGAGGUCCAGCCUCCCUCAGGCCUUGUUAGGAACUCCGAGACUGUUGACCCUAAAGCAUUUGAACUGAGGCAUGCAAGGCCUGGAACCCUCUCCUUGUGCCUUGGACAGAAUGAUGACGAUGAUGACAUCAAGCUCAACCCCAAUUAUCACAAUGUUGAAUUCUUGGUUACUACAGGGCCAGGACCCUGCCCAGAGCUUGAUGGCCAGAACAUUGUCUUUGGAACUGUACUGGAAGGAAUGGAUGUUAUCACCAGCAUCGCAACCAUACCUACCUACAAACCAGCUGAAAGGAUCCGCUUCUUCAACGACGUUGCGCAGUUGAUUGGCGAUGAAAGAGCUCAAACUGCUCGGGCUCUGUGGAAUCGCCCACUUAAAACAGUAUAUAUCAGCGACUGCGGGGAGCUGAAAGUGACCAAACAAUCUCUUUCCCCCCCAAGCUUGCCAUGACAUACUGCACAUCCGCAAUUUUGUGUUUCUUUACUCGGAUCCUCUUCCUAUAUAUAUCCUCCCUGUAUAUAUUCCUUCUAUUUCUAACUGAUACCUGUCUUCUCUUGCUGAGAAAAUGAUUGUAUUAAUAUAUUUCUCGAUUCUUCGUUCUGGAACUGUGAUGCUAAUGAGUAUGAUGUUAAACUGUA